CCACACUGGACUCAGUACUUCACUGCAACCGCAGCGUCUGCACUGAUCUCUCUGACUGAUCAUGGCCAGCGACAAGUUCAGCCCAAACAAGACCUACAACUGUGGAACAAACUUUACAAACAACAAUGAGCUGAGGAUCGUGAUGGUGGGGAAGACUGGGAUUGGGAAGAGUGCUACUGGAAACACCAUUCUGGGUCGACCAUGCUUUGAGUCCAAAUGCAGCGCCACUUCCAUGACUAUUGACUGCUCCAAAGGCUCCAGUUAUGUGGAUGGACAGCACGUUGUAAUCAUUGAUACUCCAGGUCUGUUUGACACCAGAUUUGGAGAAGAUAAAACAAUCACAGAUCUUGGUCAGUGCAUCAACUUUGCUUCUCCUGGACCCCACAUCUUCCUGGUGGUCGUUGCAAUCGGCAGAUUCACAGAAGAAGAAAAACAAACAGUGCAAAAGAUUCAAGAAAUGUUUGGAGAGGCAGCAGACAAAUACAGCAUGGUUCUGUUUUCCCGUGGAGACGACCUUGAAGGCACCAAAAUUGAAGAUUAUUUGUCUAAAAGCCCAGAUCUCCAGUAUCUGGUGUCCAGAUGUAACGGCCAGUAUCAUGUCUUCAACAACAAGCUGAAAGAUAAGAAACCUCAGGUCACUGAGCUGCUGAAGAAGAUCAGAACCAUUGUUGACAGGAAUGGAGGAAGUCACUACACCAAUAAGAUGUUCCAAGAGGCUGAGAGGAAAAUUGAAGAGGAGAAACAACGAAUCCUGAAGGAGGAAGAAGAGAAAAUACGUAAAGAGAAAGAAGAACUGGAGAGAAAAAUACAAGAGAAAUAUGAGAAAGAGACGGACAAAAUGAAGGAAAAAUUAAAGGGUCAGCAGGAGCAGAUUGAAAUCAUGGAAAAGCAACAAAGAGAAGAUAAGGAAAGAGAAAUUCAAAGGCAAAACGCUAGGCUGCAGGCCGAGCAUGAAUCCAGAGCCAGAGCAGAAGCUGAAAAACGUGCGAAACCUGCUGUCAAGAAAUGUGUAAUAUUGUGAGGUUAGAUGUUGUCUCCUGGCAGCUGUUACAGAGGAUAAAGCUGAACUAAUAAGCAUUUUUUUCUUUACUGUCUUGAUAAUAGAGUUAAAGCUCCAGGUAGUGAUGUAAUCCAGCUGUGACCUCUGUAUCUCACACUGUUUUAAAAAUAUUUCUCCUGAUGUUUAGAUGUUAAAAUUGUUUGCAUGUGAAUUUUAGUCAUUACUGGUAUUAGUGUCUGGUUUUUAUCUCUUAAUGUAUUAAUUUCAUUUUCAGGAAUCAAAUCUAUGACUAACAUGUAAUCACAACAAAUGUGCUUCUUAUAUCCAUUCUUUCUAUUUACAUUUCUUGUAAUUGUUUAAUUUUGAAUAACUUUUCUUUUAUCAUUGUUUAAAUCUUAUCAAUGGUUUGUUCGCUCUGUUGUUUAAUCCUGUGCAGAGCUGAAUGUAAUGUGACACGUAAACCUUUAUGAAUCAAUAAAUACUGUUUAAUUAUAGGAAAAUA